AUGGAUUCCCCUUUUAGUGAUAGAUGGUUCGAAGAUGCGUGUCGACGAGAAGAAUUACUCAUGCUCCACCAACUUCGAAAGCAAAACAGUGCCGUUGAUGACACGUUCUUUCCAUACGGACUGAUUUUCGCAGGACUACCCCCGUGGGAGGUGCAUCCCAUAGUAUAUAAACAAUAUUCUGUAGGCUCAGACGUGGAACGAACAGUCACAUACGUAUCUGCCGCUCUUGACUACAUCAAUAGGAAGACCCAGAGACUGCAAACCGAUGCGUGGCUCUUCCACGUGGAUAGAAAUUCAAAGCGAGUAUCAUGGAGUCAUAACACCUUUGCUCCCUACCAAUACGAUCAGCAAGUCGCAGAGCAGCGAAUCGGGAAAAUUCUUAUGACUGCAAAAGUUGAAGAGUCGAAAAUAGACGCAGAUAGUGUACCGUGGAAAUAUACAUGUCCGGACGGCACGCAACUAUCUGGUCAGCUCAGAUGUUUUCCGCGUGGCUAUGAGCAGCACGUUGAUUUACUGCUGAAAUACAACUUUCUCAUUGUGCAAAAUUAUGCCGACGGUUCGCACUCAUGUAUCAGCGAACCUGGCAUCAAAGAUUUUAUAUACGCUGUGGCCAAUGAGUCUUUUGAUUCGCCGAUAGCUGAAGUUGCAAAUCCACCGCAAUUGUUUCAUUCUCUACCAGAGACAGAAUAUGAAUCUCUUUGCAAGAAACGAGCUGUAACUCGAGCUCCAAAGAAAGUCUUGAGGGGAAACUUCCCUGCUCAACGAAAUAAUAAACGUCUCUGCUUUACCCAUCCCCCAGAUAUCAUGCACGAGUAUCAACCGCACGAUUUUAUUCAGGUGACUUUUCCUCAGGACUCUGAAGGCUGUGCAAAGAUCACGGAAAAGUUGAUCCCGGAUUAUGCAGUACCAUCAUCGUUGCCUGGGGUCUCUAUCGGCGAUCCAAAUAUCCUCAAAACGGAGUUUCCACUCCACUCCGUCCAAAUGACUACUCCUCACCAUCCUGGAGACUGCACAGAAAUCACAAAGGAAGAAUUCCAGCAUUGCGCUAUCCCAUCAGCUUCGUCUCGGCGAAAUGACGUCGGUCCGAAAAUUUGGGGAAAAGAUGACCCCCCACAUUUCGCGAUUCAAGUAUCUGCGUCUGGGGGAUUUGGGAGGGAUUUGGAUUUUAUGAGGAAUUGA